AGGCAAAAACCAUAGCCAUUUGAUAUUUGUUUUCCUCAUAUCUAUAAUGAUAUCAUGUUUUUUUUUCAUGGAAAACAUGAUGUUUUGUUUCAAUAAAAAGAUCCAUCUUGAUAAAAAUUCAUGAUCAAGUUAUAGAUGCGAAUCGUCAUGAAGGCAUGGGAGGCAACAAUCCGAAAAACACAAGCAGCCAAGAAACAAGCCAGCAACAUCUUUGGGUCAGCCCAUGUGGCCCAUGUAGACGACGAAGAUAUGGAACAAGACGAGGUUCAUGCAGCCGGUGAGGUAUACCAUACAGAAAGAAACCUAUCGAAUGGAGACUACUAUACAGGAAACUGGUCAGAUAGUUUGCCACACGGGUUUGGGAGAUAUUGGUGGAAAGAUGGAUGUAUGUAUGUGGGUGAUUGGUUUCGUGGCAAGACAAUGGGUCGAGGCACAUUUAGUUGGCCAUCAGGAGCCACCUAUGAUGGUGAAUUCAAAAGUGGUUAUAUGGAUGGUGAGGGCACAUAUACGGGCCCAAAUGGGGAUAUGUAUAGAGGUCAUUGGGUCAUGAACUUGAAACAUGGAUAUGGGGUUAAGGAAUAUACAAAUGGUGAUAUGUAUGAUGGUGAAUGGUGUCGAGGGUUACAAGAAGGCAACGGUAAGUAUAAAUGGAAAGAUGGGAGUUGUUAUGACGGAGAAUGGAAAAACGGAACAAUGUGUGGAAAUGGUAAAUUGAUCUUUCCUGAAGGGGACAUAUAUGAAGGGGAAUGGGAAGAAGGUUUACCAAAAGGCAAUGGGAUGUUUAAGUAUGCAGAUGGAAGCUCUUAUGAGGGUAAUUGGAGUAAAAAUCCUGAAGAACAAAACCUUAUAUUUUCACCAUCUGAUGGUGGUGGUGUGGAACAUAAUCCAAAAGAAGUAUAUGAUAUUUAUCUUAAAGAUUGUGUAAUAUCUCCUCAGGAUAAAGUUCCGAUUCUUCCCUCGCAGAAGAAACUUGCAGUAUGGAGAUCGUCAAAAGGAAAUGAGCCAUCAGUUAGGCCUAGAAGGAUGUCGGUUGAUGGGAGAUUGGAUGGAGAAGUUGAUAAGGAGCUUAGUAAAAUGAAAAUGUUAGAUGAGACGGAAAGAAGCAUGAAAGCUAGAGAUGAUACUUCUUUAUUAUCAUCAUCAUCAUCAUCAGAAGGAAGUCCUAUUAGGAUUCCAAAAGUUGUCAAGAAACAAGGUGAAACGAUUUCUAAAGGGCAUAAGAAUUAUGAACUUAUGCUAAAUUUGCAACUUGGAAUCAGGCAUUCUGUAGGAAGACCGGGUCCGAUGCCUUCUUUAGACCUGAAGGCUUCAGCUUUUAAUCCUAAAGAGAAAGUCUGGACAAGAUUCCCACCAGAGGGAUCUAAAUACACCCCACCACACCAAUCAUGUGAAUUCAGAUGGAAAGAUUAUUGCCCCUUAGUUUUCAGGACAUUAAGGAUGUUAUUCAAGGUGGAUGCAGCUGAUUACAUGUUAUCAAUAUGUGGGAAUGACGCCCUUCGAGAACUAUCUUCCCCUGGAAAGAGUGGCAGCUUUUUUUAUUUAACGCAUGAUGAUCGUUACAUGAUCAAAACCAUCAAGAAAACUGAAGUCAAAGCUAUAUUAAGGAUGCUGUCUGCAUACUACAACCAUUUUCGCUCCUAUGAGCACACACUACUCACCAAAUUCUAUGGGCUACAUUGUGUGAAGCUUAAUGGUCCAGCACAAAAAAAGGUACGAUUUAUCAUCAUGGGGAACCUUUUCUGUACAGACUACACAAUACAUAGACGAUUUGACUUGAAAGGGUCUAUACUUGGCCGGCUCACAGAUAAGCCCGAGUCAGAAAUCCAGAGCACCACUAUACUUAAAGACCUUGAUCUCAAUUUCAUGUUUAGACUGGACAGUGAUUGGAUCCAAGAAUUUAGAAGGCAAAUCGACAGAGACUGUGAUUUUCUUGAGCAGGAGAGAAUCAUGGAUUACAGUCUGUUGGUUGGUCUUCACUUUAAAGACACAAAUGUUAAUGAAUUAGGCACUUCAAUUGACAACGGUGGUGCAGAAGGUUCUUCAUACCAUGUAUCAGACUGUGGAGGGUCAAAAUUGGGGAUCAGCAUGCAUGCACGGGUCGAAAGAAUGGAAAGAGAGAACCAAAUGGAGUUAAUGGGGGAACCUACAGGAGUAUGUUAUGAUGUUGUAAUGUUUUUUGGCAUCAUAGACAUACUUCAAGACUAUGACAUCACCAAAAAACUCGAGCACGCUUAUAAAUCCUUCCAAUAUGAUUCUACAACCAUAUCUGCAGUGGAUCCACGACAAUACUCUAGACGUUUUCGAGAUUUCAUACUUAAUGUCUUUAUAGAAGACAUAUAGAGAACAGGAAAGAUAUGUUGGUUACAUUUGCUGAGAAUGUGAUUAGUUCUUUAGCUUUUUUUCAUAAUUGUAUCUAUGUUUGUUGAUUGUUGUGGAGCUUUUGAUGUA